AUGACUCCUCGAAUGAUAAAUGCUGCGACAUUCUCCGGAAGGUCUCGCGGCUCGGUUGGCAGCGUUUCGGACGCGCGCAUGGGUUUUGCAACUCUUGGUCGCGCACCGCUUCAGCUAACAUUAGGCAGGCGGCGCAUAACGUCGCGUGACCUGCAGAUCGUGGAGGCUAUCGAUGAACUACUCAGCGAAGAGGUCCCGGAGCCAGAAGGUGUUGCGCAGAACGUCAGUCUGCUCAAGGGAUUCCAUGCGACGAUACCGAGUGCGGACAAAAGCCGUAUACGGCGAAGACAGACCCGUAAUGUGGAGGCUCCUCGGCUGGGUUUGAAAAGGCUAGGCAUGAGUGCGCGAGGUAUGCUGGGCGAUGAGGAGGACCAUGAGGGCUCGAGUGUUGCGAGUGAGGAAGACGUCGUCUUCGUGCCAAAUGAGGGGCGUGGUCGGAAGAAUAAGGCGAAGCGGAAGGGUAGGCAUCCACUGAGCGCAGGCAAGACUCUGGGGCGGGAAGAGCUCGUCCGCCAAACCAAGGAGAUCGAGCGUGAUAAGGAGAAUCUCCAUGUUCGUCGCACCCUCAUCAACAGUGAGAUAGCCGAGAUCACUCACAAAAUCGAAGCACUUGAUGCAAUGCGCGCGAGGUUGGAGCAGGACCUUCUCAAAUUGCAGGAAGACGAACUCGAGUUGGAUGAUGAACUUGAGGGCGUAAAGGAGCGGCUUGAAAUCGAGGAGUCGAGAAGUCGGACUCGGGGUGCCCCUGUCACGGAGCAUCUGCCACACAGCUCCCGUAGACGAAAAGGUCCUGUAUUCCUUCCCUCAGAACAUGAUGAGCUUCCUCCCGGAGUGGCUUUCAUGACAUUGACGGGACAUCCUGCCCCAAUAACCGCGUUAGACUUCUCAGAGCCUUACGGCACACUUGUCAGCGCAUCACAAGAGGAAUCGCAACCGCGAGUCUGGGAUCUCCUCACGGGAGCUGAGAUCGGCCGGUUGCGAGGCCAUCGAGGUAUCGUGAAGUGCAUGCAAGUUGAAGAUAACGUGUGCUUGACUGGCGGCGAGGAUGGUGCUGUCAGGCUGUGGGAUUUGCGCAAAGUGGACGAGGAUGAAGAGUGGGAGGGCGGCAUGCUGAACCUGAGCGACGUCGCAGAGGAGGACGAGAGCCACGAUGGCGAGUCGGCACAUACCAACGGCAUCCGUUCGAGCGAGAGCAGGCCGUCCAGCGUGGUUGAGGACGGACCAUGUGUGCGCGUGCUGGAAGGACAUUCGAAGGCCGUGUCUACUCUGUAUUUCGAGGACCAAUGUCUGGUUACAGGCGCGUCGGACAAGACAAUGCGGCAGUGGGAUCUGACGACUGGUCAGUGUGUCAUGACCAUGGACAUCCUCUGGGCGAUCUCGCAUCCGCCGGCUUCGAUACCGGGCAGUGCGCUUCCGAAUCACCUCUAUCCUGGGGCGGCCGCAGCUGCAGGGACAUUUGCUGUUCCCAUGCCGCCAUUUGCAGAUGGUACGUGGGAUAUGUACGAGGACUUCGUUGGCGCCGUGCAGUUCUGGGGCUAUGCGCUGGUUAGCGGAAGCGGCGAUGGCGCAGUGCGCAUGUGGGACAUGCGCACCGGACAGCCCCACCGCACACUGCUGGGCCACACCGGUCCUGUUACGUGCUUGCAGUUUGAUGAGCUGCACGUUGUCAGUGGCAGUCUUGACAAGUCCAUUCGGAUAUGGGACCUUCGAACAGGUGGCAUCUUCGAGACCCUCAAGUUCGACCAUGCCGUGACCGCACUGCAGUUUGACACAAGGAAGAUCGUAGCUGCGACCGGUGAGAAUGGCGUCAAGAUUUACAACCGCACGAGCAUGCAAUAUUCGAGCCUUCUCACGAAUGGCCAUAUGAAGCCAGUCGAAAAACUGCGCUACAUGGAUAGAUACCUCAUCUCUGGUGGACGGGACGCUGCGCUGAAGAUCUGGGCUCUAUGA